AUGACAAAUAAAUCAAGGAGGAUAUUUGAGAAUGGACACUGUUCACAAAGUUCGGUUGAAUCGAGUAUUUUAACGCCUGGUAUUUACUAUCCAAGGAAUAACAACAGUAGAUUCUUCAGCACACGUCAAAAUCGCAGGAAAUCUGAUAGAAGAAGAGUUACGCAGAAAAAUGGAGAAAUAAAUGUGGAGAAAUUUAUCAAUCCCAAAUUUAGAAUAUUUUCUCACUGGUUCAUCACUUUGGUUGAAGCCAGGUGGCGAUGGACGUUACUUAAUUUCUUCGUAACAUACAUUGUCGAUUGGUUGUUUUUCGGUUUGGUUUAUUGGCUCAUCCUUUUUAGGCACGGUGACUUGUCUGAGGAUCAUCUUCCUCAAAAUCAAAAUGUGUCUAAUUGGACCCCUUGCAUAAAAAACAUUUAUGGAUUUACUUCAACUUUCUUAUUUAGCAUUGAAGUUCAUACCACUGUUGCUUAUGGCAAGAGAGCCAUAACGUUAGAAUGUCCUGAUGCAAUAUUUGCAAUGUGUAUACAAUGUAUCUUUAGUUCAAUUUUCCAAUCAUUUAUGAUUGGUAUCCUCUUUGCAAAAUUAACAAGGCCUAAAGCAAGAACUCAGACAAUACUCUUUAGCAAAAAUGCUAUUAUUGCUCUGAGAGACGAGAAAUUAUGUAUGAUAUUUAGAGUAGGUGAUAUAAGAAAGUCUAGAAUUUUAAAUAUUAAAGUAUCAAUGUUUAUAGUUAAACUAGAAAUAGGUUCUGAAUUUUUAGAUGAUGCCGAACAAAUAGAAAUGAAAGUGGAAUUAGACGGUUGUGAAUCUAGUUUCUUUUUAUGGCCUGUUGCAGUUGUUCACAUAAUCGACGAAAUGAGUCCUUUGUACAAAAUAUCAGCAGCUGACUUAUUUUGCGGUAGAUUAGAAAUUUUAGCAGUUUUUGAAGGUAUUAUAGAAUCUACUGGACAACCAGUGCAGGCUAGAUCGAGUUACACUGAGAAUGAUAUUAUUUGGGGGCAUCGAUUUGUUCCUUUAAUGAAUUAUCGCAGUUCGAAUGAAAUGUUUGACGUAGAUUUUUCUAAACUCAACAUAACCGAACAAAUAGACACUCCACUGUGUUCGUCUCAAGAAUAUGAUUUUUUGGUAACCUCUGUUAGACAUUCUGUUUGUACAUCUGAUAACAGUAACAUACCAUGA